GUCAAUCAAACGCCACAGCGUCAUGUGACCCGCGGUGGGAGGAGCAGCAGGCUUCAAAAAGCACAGCAUCCUCGGGACCAGGACCAGAGACGCCCCAGGACCAGGACCAGGACCAGAACCAGGAUCAACAGAAGAUCUCAAACCAGCUCCCAGCAUGCAGUGCAUACGUUGUCCCGCCAUUUUGGUUCUCAUGGCUUUCGUUCUGUACGUUUCGGGAGUCUCCUCUCAGCCCGACAGAGACCAGGACCAGGACCAGGACCUGGAUCUGGAGCUGCGUCACCACCGGCUGCUUCAACGAGCUCGUAGCGCCGGGCUUCUGUCACAGGAGUGGAGUAAACGCGCGGUGGAAGAUCUGCUCGCUCAGAUGUCUCUGCCAGACGCCGAGGCCCAGCGGGACGCUGAGGUGGUUUCCGUGGGAACAGGAGGACGGAUGAACCUGGAGCGGUCCGUCGACACCAACCUGCCCCCCCGCGAGCGCAAGGCCGGCUGCAAGAACUUCUACUGGAAAGGCUUAACUUCCUGUUAGAGUGGAGGCUCGGACCAAUCCCUGACCACCUGGCCUUCAAGCGGACCAGGCGGACCAAUGAGCAGCUGGCUGGCUGCGGUGUACCUGAGUAAUUCAUCUAAUUAAUCAUUAAAGAGAGAAAUCAGUCAA